AUGCCCAACCUUCUGAAGAAAGCUCUUUUUUCUAUAGCUGCCAUUGUAAGUUUUAUAUCUGCAAUCCUACUUACCGUGGCACUAGGAACAACAAGAUGGGUGACUGGUACCAUUCUGUGCAAAACAGGGGCUGAAAUUGUGAAUGCUACUGAUCCAGAAAUGGCAAAGUUUAUAGGACACCUUUACUAUGGACUAUUCCGGGGACAAAAGAUACGAAAAUGUGGUCUUGGAGGACGGUACUAUGAAAUUACAAUUUUUCCACAGUUGGUGAAAUCGUUGAACGCUGCUGUUCAUGUUUUGGUUAUAUUCUUUAUCUGCCUCGCAAUUGCAUUUGCUAUGGUCAGUUUUGGGUUUUGUAUUUACAACGCAGUGAAAGUCCCUUACCAAGCCAUGAAAGGAACCAUGGGCAUCUACCUCUGGAAUUUGUUUGCAGGUCUAUGUGGAUUGUUUGCAAUUGUUUGCUUUUUUGCCGCUGUGAAGCUUCAUCACCACACAGAACGAGUUGCCAAUUUUCGUGAACAAGUUUUUAAGUUUGUUAUACUUCAGGAAUACUUCGAUUCUUCCUUCUGGAUCUGUGUGGCAAGCCCGGUGGUACAUAUAGCGAAUAUUUUAGUUGUGCGCAUCAGCGGAAUACGAUUCCCCACAUUAAAGACCAAAACAGAGGAAGCAAACGUCACACCUGAAGACCUAAUGUACUAG